UUCAAUGCCCUUGACCAGAGACAACGCCACCUUAAUGAGCGCCUGUUAGAAACGGGAGGGCGUGAAGCUUCUCCGGCAUCUGCAUCUGGUGGCCUCGACAACUGCCUCAAUUGUGAUACGGCUGAUGACCCACAGUAUGCACAGCUGCUGCAAGAUGAGAAGGAAAGUUUGAUGGAGCAGAAUGUAGUCAUAAGAAAGAUUAUAGAAUCUCAGAAAAAGCUUUCAGCACUACGAGAGCAGCAUGAUAUAAUCAGGAGUGUUCAAAAGAAAGCCGAAAAUAAACUGGCUGAGGCAAAAGCUUUCCAAGACCAGCUGGCUGCUAGCCAUCCAGAUUUGAGUGUGUGGGUGAGCGAGAUGCAGCGUGAAACUGCUGCUGGGACAUUGCCAAUGCCCCCAACGUCAGCGCUGCGGGAAUCAAAACGGACCGCACCAUCACGACGCUCACACCAUAGUACGUCUGCACCUCCCGGCGAUGUUGCCUCCCAUGGUGAUGGCAUUUGGAACUGGUCUGCCGAUUUGGCUGCGGAUGGGGCUUCUGCUGAGGUUCUUGUUGGAGCCACAGGUGGCCACCUGGCUGGUGAUGCAGAAUUUGAAGAGUUGGAGCGACGGGUGCAGCAACUGCAGAGCAUGUUUGCUCAGCAAGACAAGUUUGGUAUUGCUGACUUGGAGAGCGCCAUAGUGGAUGGCGAGUGUUUCGAUCUGCAAACCAGCCAGAUAAAUGAGAACAUUCAGGCUCUGCAAGAACAGAAAUCUCAGGUAGAUCGGCUUCUCCGGGAACUCACCACACUGCAGAUGGAGGCCUCGAGGCUUGGGACCCAAGGUAACCUAAAUGCUGGCAGUCCAAAUGAAGGUUCCAAGGAUUCUUCAGUGAGAGGCCCGGCAAAAUUCUCUACUCCUUAUGAGCAGCCAUCAAUGAGAGAAAAAAGAAGGCAAGUGAGUGAGAUGCGCAAGUCUUUACAACAGCUCAAGUCGGCAGUAAAAAAUCUUGACCAUGGAGGUCCAUCAGGUGCAAUGGGCAAUUCUUCGAGUGCCUUGCCAGAGGUUCAAUCGAAGUCAAGGGGAGGUGCCACAUAUAAGAAGGAUAAUCUGCAAGGGGACUUCCCUGCACGGCGACACUACGAAGCAGAGGGAAGAGCCAAUGAGGAGCCCGAUGUUGGAGCUGGAGCAGCAGCCACUGCCACAGUCAAUGUGCAACAAGCUGCUGACCCACUAAGUUCAACUCAGGGAAGGGCUAGUGGAGACGUCCUCGCCGAGAAAGUCAGACAGCUCCAGACAACACGCAGUCAGCUGCAGUACCUACAGUCCCUAGUUGCUUCAUUCCAAGAUGGCAGUGCUGAUCCUGCAGCUAGUGCCCCAAGGAGUGGUGUGUCAUCAAGUGGAGAGACUGACCUGCGAAAGGAGCAGCAGAAGCAGCGGCACAACCUAGAGCAGCUGCAGGAACAGCGAAUGCGUCUGUCCUUGCUGAGGCAACAGCUUGCAUCGAGCCAGGCACCACUGGCGAAGAACCAGCUCCGCAUUGCACCCGAAGGGCCCCAACACUUGCUGCCCCCUGCAGCGAGCCCCAGAGGGACCUUGGCAGAUGCCAAUGCGGCCCUUUCUCCAACCAAAAAGGAGAAUGUGACCUUGCCCAAGAAUCUGUAUGAUAGCACCAAGACCAGCAAUCGUUUACAUGAGAACUCGUCCUCCAACCUUGAGUCAAAGGGAUUAAGUCGAGACAAGGCUAUCCUCGAGGAGCUGUUGCAGCAAGAGCGAAGUAAGCAGCUCCUUUCCUACUCCCACAAUGAGGAUGUGCGAAGUCCCAGCUCGUGUUCUGCUAGCUCUGAACCCAUGGAGGGAUUGCCAUUUGGGCCAGGAAGCGUCAUGGCUGGAGGAAACACAACAAUCGCUGCCACUUGGGGUGGCUCUAGUACACAGGAGAACUUGGAAGACGAUGAGGAGGAUGACGAGGACCGGCAGGAAGGCAGUGUUGGCGCAGGACAUGACUCUGAAGGAAGCCGGAGUGACGUUGAAAACGACAACGGGCGCUCUAUGCCAUCAUCUCUUGCUGGGAAAGAACAGCAUCACACAGCUGCAGAGCCAGUUGCUCCGCCUACGGGGCGCACAGACAAUCGACUGACCAACACGCAUCCGUCCAGAGUUAACGGCACAUAUAGUGGGAGCAGUCAGUGGGGCCUUUGGCAUGGUGCUGCUGGCAUCAUCGGUGCACCUUUGCAACGUCAGCAUUCAUCUGGCCUCCAGGGUGAACCGUCACAGGCACCUCCUGAAGUUGAAGGUCUUCAGUCCAUGCCUGGAGUAUCGGGGCUUCCAACGGUUCCAGGAUGGCACCAGCUCUCACACCACCUUCUGCAGCAGCUGGAGCACACCAAUGCAAUGUGCCAGUCAAUUCUGCAAGAGCAACAGGCAUUUAGCACCUCUGCAGCUGCCAUGUCACCAGGUCCACAAUUUCGAGUUCCAAACAUGGACAUCCUGCACCACUAUGCAAUUCAGCAGCAACUGCUUCUGAGCAUCAUUCACUGCUACCAACUCUUGAGUAUCCAGCAGAUGGAGAUCAGCCAUUUGCAGCAGGCAGCCCACCAGCAAAGCUGCUCACCAAACGUAGAUGAAGGCCUGAGGGGGCCCAACCUGCAGCCAUUAGAGCAAGGGAGCCCCUACCUGGCGGAGCAGGAUCCCACCACUGGUACCUGGAUGCAGGGUGCAGCCGCAGCUGCCCUUCAUGCCACUGGUCCCCAGGCACAUCGUCCUCUGGUAACGGCUGAAGGCAGAGGUGCCCCUCCAGGAGCCACCCUCAACAACCAGGUGGUUCCAGGUAGUCGUGCCAACAAUUUUUGGGAUAAUUUUAGGAGCUACUCUCGUCAAAACCUUCUGUCUAAUCCUGGCACAGCACCAAAGACCAAUGAGCUACCUGCCAAUUUUCAGGUUCAGCAAUCACAUCCCAGUGCCCCAAUCCUAACAGCAGCUUCAGCCAGGACAAAGUUAUGGGCUUCCCCACGUGACUCAAGGGAUUACCCUCCUGCAUUUACAUCAGUUACUUCCAGCAGCCAGCCUAGCCAUGUGAGACCUGUGCAAAAUGUGUGGCCUCAGGAGUCGGCCGGAAAUCGAACAAAUGACUCAAAGCAAGCCAAUGGUAUUCAAGGCCAUGUAUCUGGUAUGGAACAUGCUGCUGAGGUCCUCAAUGUAUCACCAAGGCGGCCCUCGUCUCAGCAGCAGCAGCCCGCUUGUGAUGUCCUGAAAAUGUCCAUUGGUGCUGAAGUUUCACGAUUGCUUGAGGGCAAAGAAGAUGCAGCCAGCCUGGCUGCAGUGCUUCACCAGCUGCAGCUCCUCAACAGUCCUCAGCCUGACCUCACUUCAGGCCAGGCUUGUGGUGGUGCACGACGUAAGGUUCCAUCGUCAACAAAAAGCAACAUCCCCAAAGAGAACCGUGCACGAAAUGGCGACCACCACCUCAUGUUUCAAAGAGGCGCCUCCGAGUCGUCACCUGACCUUGUGGCUAGCGUAGAAUUUGCAACUGACAGCCGUUCCCGGAUUGAGGAAACCCUGUCAGACUCCACCUUUGACAAGAACAUUUCGAGGCCUCUGGCGGCAGUUACAGCACGCAAGAGGGCCAAGCCACUCUGCAGCUCCGACGGCCAGCCUCCCCAGCUUUCCACAAUGUCCGCUGCUUCCAUAGAGAGAGCUGCUCCUGCCGAGCAAAUGGUAGCAGAGCGGGACUGCGGCUCCAAUGAGGAUCAAGCAGCUUUGGCCAGACCAAUAGAGCCUGUGUUUGAGCAGACUUGGCCAGAGAAAGACACAACAGUUUCAGCUCCGGCUGCAGAGCUGCCUCAGCCUGGUGGCGAGGGCCCUGUUGGAGAGCCAUUGCCAGGACUGGACAACAUGCUCAUGCUUGCAGAGGCCCAUGCGCUGCGUGGUGUGAACCAAGAUGUGCAGCAGGCUAUGUACAACAUUGAACUGGCGUUUCUGCAACAGGGCCUUGCACCUGGCGGUGAGCAGCAAGGCGAGGAAGCAGAAGACGACGAAGAUCGUGAGCUGGAAACUGAGCCUGAGGCUGAGGGAACACAAGAUUUGGCCGAAGCAGAUCAGUCGCCUGCUGCUGAGCAAGAUGCCGCAGACCAGCAGCCUGAAGAUGUGGCAGCACCAGCAUUGUUAGGGGCGGUUGGUGGAGCUGAAAGUGGUGCGGCAGAACAGCCUACUGAUGAUGCUGCUUCAAGGCAGGCAGCAUCCGAUGCAUCAGAAGUCUCCCAUGAAGAAGCAGUGCCAAGGACUGAAUCAGAAGACAGCCCUCCUCGCCAGCAUGACGGCUCUCAACCUCCACCUAGCUAGUUAUGGGGAACCUGGAGCAUUUAUAGAUCAAAAGCAGUGGACUCUAUCUUAUAGCAAGGAGUCAUCGAGACCUUGAUGUUUAGUUGAUAUUUUUGUGCAACUUUUUCUCCCAUUAAAGCAGUGGUAUUUUUGCCCAUUCAGUGCAUGACCAAUAAAGUCAUCACUUGUUCAUACAUA